GCUGCUGAUGCUGCUGCUCUCUGUUAGCCUGCUAUGGGCCAUUGCUGCUGCAGCCUCCAUCUCCUCCCACUGCGCUGUCUGGAGCAAACGAGCGAGAGUGCCAUUGUGAAAGAGAGGGAACUGUCCCUGGAGCUCGCCAGAAUCAGGGAUGAAGUGGCUUUCAGUGUCGCACACUGGGAGCAACUGCAGCGGGAGAAGGAGGAACAGGAGCGGCGUUUCGAGGCUGAGCUGCAGCGGCUGCGGGCUCGCCAGCAGAGGGAGCUGGGAGCGCUGGAGGAGCGGCUGAGGUCGCAGCACGCGGCCGAGAUGGAGAACCUUCAGACCCAACAGAGGGCCGAGAUGGAGGAGCUGCAGGACCAGCAGCAAGAGCAGAUGGAGGAGAUGACUGAGAACCAUGAGGCGUCUCUGGUGGAGAUGGAGGCGACUCACAGCGACACGCUGGCUACUCUGCAGGAGGAGCACACCAGGACUGUGAAGAAUCUGAAGAUGGCCCACGAACAGCAGAGGAGGUCUCUGGAGGUGGAUUUUGAGAAGAUCAGACUGUCACUGCAGGAUCAGGUGGACACGCUGACGUUCCAGAACCGUAGCCUCAGAGAUCGAGCCAAGCGGUUUGAGGAAGCUCUUCGCAAGAGCACAGAUGAGCAGAUAUUGGACGCCUUGGCGCCUUAUAAACACAUCGAGGAGGACCUGAAGAGUCUCAAAGAAGUUCUGGAGAUGAAGAACCAACAGAUUCAUCAGCAGGAUCUGAAGAUUACAGAAUUGGAGAAAAUACAGGCUGAAAAGAACGUGUACCUGGAGGAGAGACUGCAAGUGUUGCAGCAGCAGAACGAGGACCUGAAGGAACAAAUCUACAAGAACGUCGCCGUGUCCAGGCAACUCUCUGAGGAAAAUGCAAACCUGCAGGUGAACGUGGAGAAGGAGAGCAAAGAGAAGAAGCGGCUGAGUCGCACCAACGAGGAGCUGAUGUGGCGUCUUCAGACGGGCGAGCUCAGUCCGUCCCCCUGCUCCUCCCCCGUCCACCGACCUCCACCGGGAUCAGGAUCUCCUGCACGUCCACACUCCUACCAUCAAUGACUCCCACUCAUCAAUGUGAGGAAACUCUCUCUGCUAUCACUUGUUUUCUUUUAUCUGGAAGCAAUCCAGUUUUAAAAAGGACAACAAAACUUUGAUGAAUGUGUUUCUUGGUUCUAAUAAUGUAGUGUUUUACACUAUUUUUCAAAAAACAAACCACAGGACUUUUAAUCUCAAUUUUAAUCUGAAAUUACCGUUAGGAUGACCGCGCCUCUUAUUUCUAAAAAGUGGCCGUUCCUUUCAUCGUCUCUUUUUCUAUUCCACUCUGAAGAAGCAAAAACCAUCCAAAACGAGCAGGUCACAGUGCCUCAUAUCCACGUUUAUCGCCUCCACCUUCAUCUCCAGCGCUCAGGAUUAAUGUGACGUAGCAACAAUGAACACAUGAAGCGCCUUCGCUGUCCCGUCUCUGCCACCAGCAACAGCAGGAAGGACACGAUGAAGGACUGAACCACUCAUCGAACCUCAGUCUGCGACCAGUUUUCAACUCUGACCUGAAAUGUAUUAUCUAUCCAUUUCGAAUGCAAACCACUUUAUAUUUUAGAUUAUAAUUUGUAAAAAAAGAAAUCCUGCUCAUGUAUUGUUCUGUCUUCCAGUUAUGUUGGACUUUAAGUUGUGACGACACAGAGUGAAGUUCCCUCUACAGUAAUAACACGGAGCAGGAGAUUCUUUUUCACAUUUUAGAUGAAACUCACAUUUAUGCCGUGAGUUCAUUCCCCCCUCUCACCAAAGAUGAAAUCAUAAAAUGUGUGUUGCGAAAUCAGCCAUAAAUGGUGCAAAAAAGUAUUUAACUUGUGCACAUGCACAUGCAACAUCUCUUCAUCAUGUCACAUUAGCACAUUUUGACACACAUUUUCUGUUUUUAGAAAUGGUCCUGUCUCUCUAACCCUGAAGUGUAGUAAGGACCAGGAAAAUAAUAGCAUAAUAACCGAUAAACAAAAAGAAAACAAGUGCAAUUUCUACAAUAUUACGCCUACGUUUUUAAACAUUUACACGUGUGCGUGUUAAACCUUUAGUCCCAGGUAUCUGGAACUGAAAAAUAUAGUUUCCCACACUCUAAUUAGAUUCUACCCAUUCCAUGCUCGUCUAUGCUGUUUAUUAAAUAUACACAUUUUUAACAAAUUCAUCCUGUGGGCCGGUUCUGGCCCACAGCCUGUACUUUUGACACCCCUGCUCUUACGGCUGCUUACAAAAUAAAGCGACACUUCGCGAAUUUUCAACAAAGUACAAUUGCUAUUUGCAGGGUGUUUUUCUGUAAUUCUAGUCUCGCGACGUCCCAUUUUUCUCGUGAAAAAAUAUCUCGUCCCGCGUGACUCCACUUUGAGGAAAAUGGCCGAUGAGCAUUUUUGCGUUUCCAUGGUUUCGGAACGCUGCUACUUCUACUUGCUAUGAUUGUUUUCAACAGAAGAUGGAGGCGGAAAAAGUGUUUCCGUUUUGCGUAAAAAACUUUUAUAUCGACAUGUCUAAAACCACUUAGUGAACGCGGAAGAAUGUUUUAGCGAUAUUUGAGAGUUUUUUUUUUUCAAAUGUAGGUGUUUUUUUUAUCGCAAUAUUGAGGUUUUGGCAGGGCUACGUUCGUUCGUACGUUCUUAUUUCAAACCGACCGGCACUUUCCGGUUCCGAACCUCCGAAGUCGGGUCUCAGCUGGAACCAAACAAAAAUAGUUGGUUCUUCCUCAUGAACUGUGACAUCAUCAGUGGGCGUGUCAUAUUAAGAUAGAUAAGCAGGAAGUAUGGAGGGAAAAAAAGUGCUAAGGUCCUCCCACUUUGGUUUCUCUUAAACUGGUGUUAACGCAGGCUGGUUUGUCAGAAAGCACCAAGGUUCUCAGACUCCAGAACCAGAACCGUGUCUGGGAUCGACCUUGAUGCCAAAUAUUGUUUGAAGAACAAAGAAUCACGCCUUUGCUUUUGUUCGUGCUCAGAGGAUUACAAAUCAUCCAAAGUAUCACGUCAACUUAAUUUUACUCAUGUUUACAUCAAGACAAUGUCUGUCCUGCAUUAUUUGGAUGUACAGAAUGUGCAGCUAACAAAUACGCUGCAGAAUAUUAGUUUGAAGGAAAUCGGAACUCUGCUCAAAUGUAAAGUCAGUUGCUGGUUAUGGAGUUUUUACUGUGUUAAAACCAGAAGUGGACAUUCAUUUCUCCAUCAGGGACAAUGUGACUGCACUGAUCUGCCUCUGUGUCCUGUGGACACGACGACGACGACGACGACAACGACGUGUUCAUUUACUGAAUGAUUGUGUGUGUGUGUUCCAAACUGACAACAACAACAAAAAAAAAAUGAGGUUUUGUUUACAGUUCACCUCCAGAUUCAAUGUUGUCAAGAUUGUAUUCAGUAUUUCAGAAAUCCACCCUCUGGAUGUGUUUAUAAGAAAAGCAUGUCUUUAAAAAGGUUCCGUACUGUAUUUAUUAUAAUUUACAUCUUUUGUAUCAUUUCUUUUGCAUUUCAUACAUGUAUGUAUUUAUUUAUUUCCUCCAGAACUGCAACUGUAGCUUUAGCUGGACGAAUUAUCGUUGCACUUUGUAUUGAAGUAUUAAAAUCACCAUGAAUGAAAGUAACAUGCAA